GUCCUAUAUAAAACCUAGACUAGAAAAAAAGAAAGAACUUCAGUGAAAUUCUGAGUUUUUCUUCACUUUGACAUCCUCCUUAAACAGGCCCGAGCCCGAGCAACCGAACUGAAAACGUAGAGGAGGUUCUACUUGUUGUCGGUAAAAAUUUGCAGAUAAUAACCUAACCUCUGACCGUGCGACUCAGCGAAAUGCUGAAACCAUCAUAUUUCACUCGCUGCUCUAUUGCUCUUCAGUGCUGUAAGGUUUAAGUGACCCAGAUCAUCUGACGAAUGAACUAGCUCGAUUCUAACCUGAAGUUCAGUUUGCUCAACUUCUUGGAAUUUUUUGGUUAGACAUGAGCAAUAUGAAUCAUACAGAACCACACAAAGUACCUCGCAACUUAGAAAGACGGGUAGACAGGAUUAGCAACUUACCGGACUGUAUCAUAGACAAAAUCCUAUCCCAUUUAUCAAUUCGAGAUGCUAUCCGUACGAGCGUGCUGUCAAAGAAGUGGAGAUACAAAUGGGUCACUCUUCCUUCCCUCGUUUUCGAUAAUCAACCUGCCCUAAUCUCCACAGAAGACCUAAACCUCAUGAAAAACAAACUAGUCAACAUCAUCGACCAUGUCCUUUUACUCCACACGGGCCCCAUCGAGAAAUUCAAGCUUUCUAUCCGUGAUCUUAAAGGUUGUAGUGAUAUCGACCGGUGGAUUCUAUUCCUGUCGAGAGGUUGCGUGGAGGAACUAAGUCUAGAAAUAUGGGAACACCCCCAAUACAAGCUUCCUUCUUCUAUAUACUCGUGUCACAAGCUGAUCCAUUUGGAGAUCUUUAACUGCCUCUUGAAACCGCCUCCAAAUUUCAAUGGCUUCACAAGUUUAAAGAGCCUCAACUUGCAGCACAUCAUCAUGGAUCAACUGGCCUUCGAGCAUAUGAUCGUGGCCUGUCCUCUACUCGAGCGCCUGAUUUUGAUGAACUGUGACGGUUUUACCCUUCUGAAUAUCCGUGCGCCUAAUCUCCUUUUCUUUGAUGUCGAGGGCUAUUUCGAGGAAGUCAGUUUUCGGGACACCUUCCACCUGGCCGUUGUUUCUAUCUGCUUGUAUGUAGAAAACGGGACCGAACGGAAGCUGGGUUUCAGCAGCACAGGGAAUUUGAUCAAGUUUUUUGCAUGUCUACCCCACAUACAAAGGCUUGUGGUGAAAUACUUCUUUUUGAAGUAUUUGGCUGCUGGAGCUAUACCUGGAAAGCUACCCAAACCUUGCGUUGAUCUUAGUUUUCUUUCGAUUCAUAUUAAUUUGAAUGACUUGGGCGAGAAUCUAGCUGCUCUUUGCCUUCUCCGUAGUUCUCCCAACCUUCAAGAACUCGAGGUGUUGGCUUGCGGGGAUGAGGAAGAACAAUCAACUGUUACACUGGAUCCCAACACUGCAGAUAAUCUUCUUACCCUUCCUUUUACACGGCUUCGGCUGAUUAAGAUUGUCGGGAUAUCUGGCACAAGACAAGAGCUGGAUUUCGUCAGUUCCUUGCUUGCAAAUGCACCAGUGCUUGAGAAAAUGACGGUUGAACUUGAGCCAGAGUCAAUGGAUUGUGAGCGGGAGCUGCUGAAGGAGUUGCUUCGCUUUCGACGUGCUUCCACAUUUGCCGAAAUCAUCUGCUAUAACAUUAAAUCAUUUUCUUAGUUAGUUCCUGUAGGGAAACUAAUGUGGGGAGAUUGUUUGGAGGACAAGAAUGAUCUUGUCUUGAGUUUUUGGUUACUUGGGAUGAGAAUGUAAUGGUUAAACACUUUAUUUGUGUAAAAUGUAAUGAUUAAAAUUCACGUCAUUUAAGUUUCGUGUAAGAUACUAAGCUGGUGUAGAUACUAUGCAAGUGAUACGAAAUUCAUAACUUCACAUCUCGCUAGUAAUGGAUGACAAAUUGGCCUCAAGAUUUGGAAACUUAGG